GAAGACCAGUGGGGGCAGCAGUGCACUAACCGUGUCUACUCUGCUGCACAAAAAGCAGGAAGCAGACAGAGCCCCGUGUGCGGUUAGCUCGGAGCUAAAGCUAAAAACACUUUAUUAAAAUGUCCAAAGGCCAAACGCUGAGAGCUCUGGUGAAUGAGCGGCUGACUGCGGCUGCUGAAGAGAUCUUUGCGCUGUUUGAAAGAACGAUAGCGGAGUAUGAGGAGGAACUGUGUCGCUCCAAAGAGGAGAACCAGAGGAACCAGGACACUCCACAGACUCCACGGAUUAAAGAGGAGCCAGAGGAGCAGAGCGUCAAACAGGAGGAAGACACGCUCCCAGCACAGCUCCCAGAGUCCAGUGCCGUCCGUGUGAAGACAGAAGAGUCCUCACUGCUUCAACAUAGACAAACUGAGCACAGAGAGAAAACACAGGGAGACGACAUCAGCACAGAGCCACAUUUACACUCAGAGACUGAGGGACACAUGGAGCACUCCUCUGACACUGACAAUGAUGAAGACUGGAGAGCUCCAAUCAACUGUUCACCUGCACAGAUGGAGACAGAGGCUGAUGGAGACCACUGCAACCAAGUCCAGAAAGGCCAAACGCUGAGAGCUUUGGUGAAUGAGCGGCUGACUGCAGCUGCUGAAGAGAUCUUUGCGCUGUUUGAAAGAACGACAGCGGAGUAUGAGGAGGAACUGUGUCGCUCCCAAGAGGAGAACCAGAGGAACCAGGACACUCCACAGACUCCACGGAUUAAAGAGGAGCCAGAGGAGCAGAGCAUCAAACAGGAGGAAGACACGCUCCCAGCACAGUUCCUAAUGGAGAGUGUGAAGACAGAAGAGUCCUCACUGCUUCAACAUAGACAAACUGAGCACAGAGAGGAAACACAGGGAAAGGACAUCAGCACAGAGCCACAUUUACACUCUGAGACUGAGGGACACACGGAGCACUCCUCUGGCACUGACAAUGAUGAAGACUGGAGAGCUCCAAUCAGCUGUUCAGCUGCACAGAUGGUUUCAGCCCAAGGACCUGAUAAGAAGAAACACCAGUGUUAUGUGUGUAAGAAGAGGUUUGGGACUAAGCAAAUUUUACUAAGACACAUUAGAAUUCACAGAGGUGGUGAACGACCUUACAGCUGUUUAACCUGUAAGAAAACAUUUACCCAAAAAUCCAGUCUAAAUUACCAUGAAAAGACACACACAGGAGAUAAACCAUUCAGCUGUUCAACAUGUGGAAAAACAUUUAUCAAAAACUGCAAUCUAGUUGCACAUAUGAGAAUACACACAGGUGAGAGACCAUUCAGCUGUUCAAUAUGUGAGAAGACAUUUUGUGAUAGAAGACAUCUUGUUCGACAUCUGAGAACACACACAGGAGAGAAACCUUACAGUUGUUCAACAUGUCAGAAAACAUUUGCCAUAAAGGGUAAUCUAGAUAAACAUGAAAAAGUACACACAGGGGAGAAACCUUACAGCUGUUUAACCUGUGGUAAAACAUUUACCCAAAAAGCCAAUCUAGAUUCCCAUGUGAAGAUACACACAGGAGAGAAACCAUUCAGCUGUUCAACAUGUGAGAAGACAUUUUCUGAGAAUUAUUCUCUUGUUCGACAUCUGAGAACACACACAGGAGAAAAACCUUACAGCUGUUUAACCUGUGAGAAGACAUUUGCCAUAAAGGGUAAUCUAGAUAAACAUAAAAAAAUACACACAGGAGAGAAACCUUACAGCUGUUCAACAUGUGAGAAAACAUUUACCAUGAAGAGUCAUCUUGAUACACAUAUGAGUGUACACACAGGAGAGAGACCAUUCAGCUGUUCAACAUGUGAGAAGACAUAUUCUGAAAAGUAUUCUCUUGUUCGACAUCUGAGAACACACACAGGAGAAAGACCUUACAGCUGUUCAACCUGUGAGAAGACAUUUGCCAUAAAGGGUAGUCUAGAUAAACAUAAAAAAAUACACACAGGAGAUAAACCUUACAGUUGUUCAACCUGUGGGAGGACAUUUGCCAUAAAGGGUACACUACAGCAACAUAAGAAAAUACACACUGGUGAGAGACCUUACAGUUGUUCCAUUUGUAAGAAAGGGUUUAAACUUAGACAGUAUUUGAAGAAACACAUGAAAACGCACACAACAGAAAGUGACUGAAGGCUUAUUGGUUGUGUUCAUAAGGUCUUUGUAAUUCUUCAGUUGUCCAGAUCUGAUCCAUAGCAGAAGAUGAAGUUUAAAUCUGUCAAAUGGACAAAUUGUUGUUUCCUCAGAAAGACAAUCCUUAAACAGGAAUGGGGGCUUUAGACAUCAUCUAUCCCCCCAUCUAUUACUCCAUCCUCAGACCCAAGCAAAGAGAAUAAUAGCAGGGUUGAAUAGAGAGUUUCAGCUGAAACUGGAGACAAUAGCUGUUUACAGUGUCAGUGUAGUUAGCCCCUCCCUUCAGACAGACUUAAGGCAAUGUCCACCAGCAAUCUGAACAGAACUGAAGAAUAGGCUUGGAUGAGCAGCCAAACGUCUUCACUCCAACAACAAUUUGUUCAGUUGACAGAUUUAAUUUUGUCUUUUGCUUGUGUUCAUGAGAUAAUGAGAACUUUGUGUUGGAGUCUGAUACUUCAUUUUGAAUGAAAAUCUUGUCACAAUAAAAAUAGUCUUAUUUUUAUUAAAGUCAAAUUUG